AGCCAGGGCUUAGAUGCCUUCUGCCACUCUGCGAGGCUAGCAAAGGUGGCUGGAGGUGGCUUUGUGCUCAGUCCAGAGAAGCCAGCCCUCGGUAAGUUCGCAGCACGUGAAGUCCCGGUGAUGGAGGGGCUAGUGGGGGUGGGGUGUCCCAGGCCCAGCCCUGCCGAGCAUGGCAGGGGGCCCCCAACCCUAGGAGAUGGCACCCCAGGAAGUCCGGUGACCGGCAGGACUGGUCGCCUGUUCUCGCAGCCCCCACCCCGGCCCCGCCCCUCCCCUUAAAGGGACUCUGGGCUGGGGGGAGGGGCGCGGCUGACGAGUCUGGCCCGGCCUCCUGCCCCCGCCCCCAGGGCGGCCUGAGUGGCUGGAGCCCGAGCGCCCGCCCGCAGCCAGGCUUCCGCGGCGGCGCCUCCCUGUGAGUCGAGUCGGCGGCGGGCGGCGCGCGGAAGCCGAGCGGGACCAGACCACCUGCCGCCCCAACCUCUCCCCUGCACCCUGAGCCUUCGGACCUUACCCAGCCAGGAAGCGGCUCCCCAGCCACCAGGGGCCUGGCGAGGCCAGCCGAGGAGCCGUGACAGCACCAGAGCUCCUGGGGGGGAAGGGAGGAGGAGGAGAGACAAAGGGAAAGAGCCUGGCGCCGCCUCCCUGUGCCGCCCACCAUGUGUCAGUCUGAGGCGCGGCGAGGACCUGAGCUCCGCGCGGCGAAAUGGUUGCACUUCCCUCAGCUGGCCCUGAGGCGGAGGCUGGGACAGCUGAGCUGCAUGUCCAAACCCGCCCUGAAACUGCGCUCCUGGCCCCUGACGGUCCUCUACUACCUCCUGCCCCUCGGCGCCCUCAGGCCGCUCAGCCGGGUGGGAUGGAGGCCUGUGAGCAGGGUGGCCUUGUACAAGACAGUGCCCACGCGCUUGCUGUCGCGGGCCUGGGGCCGCCUCAACCAGGUGGAGCUGCCGCACUGGCUGCGCAGGCCCGUCUACAGCCUGUACAUCUGGACCUUCGGGGUGAACAUGAAGGAGGCCGCAGUGGAGGACCUGCACCACUACCGCAACCUCAGCGAGUUCUUCCGACGCAAGCUGAAGCCUCAGGCGCGGCCCGUGUGUGGCCUGCACAGCGUGAUCAGCCCAUCGGAUGGGAAGAUCCUCAACUUCGGGCAGGUGAAGAACUGCGAGGUGGAGCAGGUGAAGGGGGUCACCUACUCGCUGGAGUCAUUCCUGGGUCCACGCACCUCGGCUGAGGACCUGCCCUUCCCUCCAGCCACCUCCUGCAGCUCCUUCAGGAGCCAGCUGGUCACCCGAGAAGGGAACGAGCUCUACCACUGCGUCAUCUACCUGGCCCCCGGGGACUACCACUGCUUCCACUCCCCCACCGACUGGACUGUCUCUCACCGACGCCACUUCCCAGGCUCUCUGAUGUCUGUGAACCCUGGCAUGGCCCGCUGGAUCAAAGAGCUCUUCUGCCACAAUGAGCGGGUGGUCCUGACUGGGGACUGGAAACAUGGCUUCUUCUCACUCACGGCCGUGGGAGCCACCAAUGUGGGCUCCAUCCGCAUCUACUUUGACCGGGACCUGCACACGAACAGCCCACGGUACAGCAAGGGCUCCUACAAUGACUUCAGCUUUGUGACACACACCAACAAGGAGGGCAUCCCCAUGCGCAAGGGCGAGCACCUGGGCGAGUUCAACCUGGGCUCCACCAUCGUGCUCAUCUUCGAGGCCCCCAAGGACUUCAACUUCCAGCUGAAAGCAGGACAGAAAAUCCGAUUUGGGGAGGCUCUGGGUUCCCUCUAGAGCCUCUUUCCUGGCCACGGCUGCUACGGGGUCUCUUCCAGAGAAGCGUGUUCUGAGGAGGACCUCCGAGGCUGUCUGGGGAAGGGACUGUUGAGUCUGACCAGGCAGGACCUGGGUGACUUGUGUCUCUGCUGCCCAGGGGUGCAGACAAGGUCAUCAGAGCCCUUGGCAUGCCCCUAGACCAGUGUUGUCCCCUUUCCCACCUGAAGACAAAGUGCAGGCUGGGAUGGUCUCACAUUUCCUCUUGGAGAUACUUUCUAACAAACAUGUCAUAUAAACUAGAGACCCGACCUCUCCUGGCCGAGCAUUCAGUUGGUCUUGAUUUCCAUUCUGAGAUAAGUGGUAGUACCGUACCUUCUUGCUGCUCCUCCCAGCACUGCUUUUUGGCCUCCCUUGCACGGGGUGAGGUGCCUCCCAGCACUGACUGUGGGUCCUCGCUGUCCCCGAGCGGGGCCAUGGGGCCUGGAAUGCAGCCGCUUCCUAUUCCCAAAUUUGCCCCACCCUGCUUGUUGGGAAAAAAUGUCUUUUCUCUCCGCACUUGUGGCUGAACUCUGCCAGCAACCCCCCAACUGUGCCAGCAGUUUAGGGGUGGCCACUAAUGGGUCGGUGCUUUGCAGGCCCUGAUGACUUCUGGAGCUGGUUCGUCCUCUUUCUAGUGGGCAGGACCCAUGAUUAAACCCGCUCAGGGGUGUUUCCAGUGACUGGGGCAGGCGGUGGUGGCCCAGCUGGGGUCAGGGGAGAGCCUGUGUCCCCUCCCUAUAUCCAGACCUACAUAAAAUAUGGGAAAGUUGCUGCUAUAGACUCAGCGGCGUGUGUUGGAGGUAGAACCUUGGUCUGUCUGGUAUGUGUGGUGGGGGAGGGGGGAGGGAAAUGUCAGUGCCUAGAAAACCUGUCCCCAGGUAACAGGUACGCAGUCCUUGGGGAGCCACUGAUGGUGGGGACAGGGCCAGGUUUCAUGUUUCCUGGGGACGCUGUGAAUUUCUCCUGCAGGAGAAGCCAUUUGAACUUUUUCAACUGUAUCAGUAGCACUGUAUUUUUGUAUGAAAAGUGGGAGACUUCUGAACAGUGAUUCAUUUAAUUGCAACAUUUUGCAAUAAAAAAAAAUUCAUUGCA